AUGAAAGUACGGAGUUUUCAAAAUUUAUCAUCUCUAUUUAAAAAUAGUUUGCUUAAAGCAAUCACAGGCUCAAUGCCAAUUCUUAUCUCUUGUGAUAUAUAUAAAAGUAUUUUUUAGUAGAUUUUAAGACAAGACACAGAUUCAGAGAUAAAAGACACAAUGAAGGCGAAUGGCAGAAAAAGGCGAAUUUUUAAAUCUUAAAAAGAAAAUAAAUAAAUAAAUAAAUAAAUAAAUAAAUAAUAAAUAAAUAAAUAAGAUAAACAAAUACAUGAAUAAAUAAAUAAACAAUAAAUAAAAUAAUACAAAUAAAAAUAAAUUAAAUAAAUUAAAUAAAUAAAUAAAUAAACAUAAACAAGAGCCAAAAAAAAACAAAUAUAAUAAAUAGAUAGAUACAUCUCAUAAAAUAGACACAUACAUAAAAUUUUAUUAAUUAUUAUUUGCUAUUUAUUUUCAUAAAUUUUAUUUAUUUUGAAAAUAUUUAAUUAUUUUUGA